AUGCACGUUGAUUGCACGUCGAUAGCCAACCUUCCGAUGGGAGAUUCCAUUUCCGACGACAAAGAUCGAAAAUUUGUCACGCUUCCACUCGUGUGCUUGGGAAUGUUCAAAGGAGGAAUGAAGUGUGCCUUCUUAUUGGUAACAGACUUUACCAGCCAGACUAGCAGCACAGUUUUCAACAAUCUCCUUCCACUGCUGGUUCCUCUAGACUAUGAGCUUGGCGGUCGCAAACUCGACAGAGCCAAGGUGUUCUCCAUAAGCAUAGGUGGACCAUACAUUCAGCGAUGCUGGACAGAGCUCGGCAAAUUCACUCCCAACAUGCAGAACUACAACACUCUCUCUGCUGAUUCAUGUAACUUUUCCAAGGAGGGAGUGGUGGCUCUUGUCAAUUUCCGUGUGCAGCCUCAUUAUACGGAGAAGACAAGCAUAGAAGGAUUCUACUCACGAAUGAUCGUGUGUAAUCGUGAAAUGCUCAGCAGGCCAAGCCUUCCGAAGUUUGACAAGGCGGUAUUUCUGGACUUCAUGGCUCGAUAUGUUGAGUACUUCAAUAUUGAGCUUUACGAUACAUUACUACGCACGUUUCCCGUUGAGAAAUACGUUCUGAGGACAUCAUUGGUGAGAAGAGACGCUGAAUUGCGACAGAGCUAUCAGAGAGAUGCAGAAAGGGCAAGAUUAUUGCAGGAAAAUAAGAGGCCAAUACUGGAUCACAGACCAGACGGAUUUCAACAAAUCAAGACAGAUAUAAUUACACAGGGUCCACCAGCCAAGGCCCGAAGACUAAUGGGUGCACAAGUUAUGUUCCAGCAGCAUUUCACGCAAACGCAGCAGGAGCCAGAAAGUCAAGAAACUGAUGCAUUUGAUGACGCGAGGACACAUUUUGAAGGUGGAGAACACGGAAGGCUGGAGAAUCACAGCCAGAACGAACGAGGAAAUAGAAGUAGAAGUGGAACAAAUGGAAGGGGAAAUGGAAGUGAAAGUCGUGACAAAAGUCCAGAAUACAGCAGCGGGUACUCUCAGAGCCAGAAGAUCCUCGUACAGCACAAUGGAACACUGCAAGACUGGAACAAGUUUUCAGUCAACAAAGUUGAUUUUGCUACUUUGGCAAGGGUGGCUUGUCACAGCCUCAGUGUUGGCACCAGUUUCACGACCAGAUGCCAAGUACAUGAUAUACGGCCAGAUGCUCGGCAAUUAUUCAUAAAGCCAUUCCGGAGAACAUUGAAGAUCGCCCCUAUUGUCAUUUAUUUGACACAAGGCAGUGACUUAGUAAAGGUGGAGCUACAUACCGAGGAAGAAAAAUGCAAGCUUCUAGGAAUUGAUGAGACUGAGGAGGCAAUUGACAAGAUCGAGGACCUUUGCACAACGUUAGAGCAAUUACCAGGUACAGAAAUUGAAAUUCGUCUUGAAAAACGAAUCAUGACAUUGGACUUUGGCUACGAGAGAUCGUACUGGAGCACAAGUACGAGUUUGGAGAGGAUGAAAAGAGGGUAA